CUUCUCCGCUUCGGAAAGGGUAGAGGCGAAAAAGUCACCGUACUUCUCCGUUUCCUCAAUUAUUUACGGCUCGACCACUCACUCUACCACCGGUGGUUUCUACGCGAGACGCCGGCGAUGACCUCGACCGCCGCCGCCGCCGCCGCCGCCGCCAUUAACUCCGUCUCGUCAUAUGCUCUCUCCCCGCACGCCGCUCCCUUCAACCCCCCCUCCCGACCGGCUUGCGCCCCUUUCCAGUACCGCCCGAAUGGUGAUGUUUCUAGGUCGGCGGGUGCUAGCUCUGUGGGUUAUGCUGAAGAGAAGACAUCAAGAGAUACUCACUCAGCGUCACCAAUUGCAUGUGCCUUGAUGAAAUCAAGUGGUGCCGUUUAUCCACCCUCUACACAUGCCAUGCACACUGGGCAGCCAAGUUCAUGGUCAGCAGUUUGCCUGGAUGCGUAUCCCUCCUCACCAUAUGUCGGCAUAACAUCCAAUUACAAGCUGCAAAAUUCCUUGACCUCAGGAAAUGGGAGCAAAUGUUCAACAGUGAGGAUAGAAAGGCCACCAAAUAAAACAUCAGAAUCUAACAAAAACAGUUGUGGUUCUGGAAGCAAGUUGGUUAUAGCAGAAAAUCCUAAGUCUAAUAAAGACAGUGAAAAAGAAACAUCAUCCCGCAAUUUACAAUUCAGUGGUCCUGUCGAUGGCAAGGACAAUUCACAAGGUACCAUGUUCUCCUCCAAAGAGGCAAAUCCUGUCUUCAGUGCAAGCCCUCUUCAUAUUCCAACUACUUCUGCUGAUCCAUGUGGUGUUUUGGCCGAGGAUGUGAUGCCAGAUCCAUCAGAAUGCUCUGUUGAUUCACCGUGCUAUAGAGGUGCUUCAGCUUCUCGUCUGUCUCCAUUUGAUGUUUUCCAGACACCUGCUACCCAGUCAACUAAUCAAGAUUUGGAAGCUUUUGCUGUACGACAGAAACAAAGCUCUAGCACUGUUCAACAUCAUGAAACUCCGUCCGAGCUCCAGAGUUCGGUCACCAAGACUAACCACGACCACUGCAAAUCCCAGGCUGAAGCCGGUGUGUCAAAGAAAUCUGGGGUCACAAGUAUAAAGGAGACAAAAAAUUCAUGUGGGAAGGAGCUUGAAUGUGCAAACCAGUAUGCAGCAAAAUGUGAACUGGAGCAGAAACACCUUUCGAAACUGAGAGACAAUUAUGUGAAGCGAUCUGGUCUGAAUUAUGCUGCUCCGGAUUUUGUACCUUCAUCGAUUGGGAAAUCAAAAAUUGGGAAAGGAAAGAAUAUAUCGGGAGUUCUCAAGGCGAUCGAGAACCUAACUGUGGUAUUCCAGAGUAGUUAUUCUGGUGAUGAAAUUGAGCUAGAUGAAGAUGACUGCAUCCUCCUUGAAUCAGUGAUUGAUAGACUUCAGACUUGCCUUCAUAAAAUAAGAAAGGAUCCUAUUAAGGGUGCUUCUGACAAGGCAGGGCCAAAGGCUCCACAUUCGCAGACUGCAGUUUUAAAAUAUGACCCAGGAAAAUAUAAUCGUAGUUACAUUGCAGAUGGUGAAAAGGACAUAAUUAUUAAUCAUUUUGCUGGUUCUAGUCAUAUGCACAAUGAGUUUGGAAGAAACAGUUUGACACGGGGCCAGCCUGCACUCAACAAUGUCCAAAAGAAGAUGUCCUGUGAGGAAGAGCAUCCACAGGUUCUUGUGUAUAAGAAUCUGUGGAUUGAAGCGGAGCGUGCAAAUUGUGAAUUGAAGUACCAGCUGAAACACACUUGUAUAAAAAUAGACCUAGAGUCCAGCAUGGCUCCUAUUGGUGGGCCUGGGCCAAGAAAGAAUUAUUCCCAAGUCUCUGAUUUGAGUACCGAUCCAAGUAAUCUAUAUGGAGUUGCCUUAGCUCACCCUACUGGAGAGACAUCAGGAGCAAGAAACGGUCAAUAUCCUCCUUAUGCUGGUGACUGCACCCGGUCAGGAGGCGACGCCGCACUUAGCUGUUCUUCAAGCACCAAAGGGUACGCUGCUCUGCCGAAGAAUUUGCAGCAUGGCCAUGUCCUCACAGGCUUGGAAGAAACUGCCACGCAUCUCCAUGCGCCUCUGCCAUAUGGAGCUUGUCAAGGGUUGAAUGGAGACACUUUGGAUGGAGUGGCUGCCCGCUCAUACAUCACCGGACAAGAUGGCAUUUUGCGUAGCAAUUCAAAGUAUGGAUCGUCAGACUGGGAGCAUGUGCUAACUGAAGAAAUCGGCUGGAGUUGAGCGAAUCUGCCGAUGGAUGGUGGCACCUGUAUAUGAGGAAGUAGGAUUGCAGGAAGCCAGGGAUUCUGGUUACCUUUUUGUUUGCUGACUAAUGCUGCUGAAAACGGCACUAGGCAAAAUUGUGUGUUUCUCAUCGGGCGAAAAAGUGCCCCCGUUAUGAAUCUUCUCGGAAACAAUGGUUGUAUAAAUAUGAACGUGUGAUGCUACUACUAAGCAAUGUCUUGUUCUUUAAUGUCAUGGCGGGCAACCCUGACGGAGGGAUUGUGCGUCAGGAUUCAGAGCCUAACGGACAUGUGGGGUUGUGGUGUGUGUAGGGCCGAUAUGUCAGGCAGCUGUGCGCCUGUGUGUGCGGCUUUUAAGCCCCACGGCUGUAAUGUGUGAAAGCAGCUAAUGAAAUGGAUAUAGUCUAAAUUCGAAAA